AUGAGCAAGAAAAUUCCCCGGGUAGGAGUGGGCGGCCCGGUCGGGUCAGGCAAGACCGCCCUCAUAGAACAACUGGUGCCGCGGUUGAUUGAUCAGGGAUACCGUCCGUUGGUAAUUACCAACGAUAUUUUCACCAGGGAAGACGCCGAACACGCCCGCCGCACCCUGGCGGGCAUUCUUGCUCCCCAACGCAUCCGGGGGGUGGAAACCGGGGCCUGCCCCCACACGGCGGUGCGGGAAGAUCCGUCCCUUAACCUUCUCGCGGUUGAGGAUCUCACGCAGGAGUUCCCCGACGCAGACCUGAUCCUGAUCGAGAGCGGCGGAGACAACCUUACCCUCACGUUCAGCCCUUCGCUGGCCGAUUACCAGCUAUACGUUAUAGACGUAGCCGCCGGUGACAAGAUUCCACGCAAACGUGGGCAGGGCAUCACCCAGACCAACCUGCUGGUGAUUAACAAGACCGAUCUGGCUCCCCAUGUCGGCGCCAGUCUCGAGGUGAUGAGCCGGGACGCCAGCCUCGUGCGAGGCGACAAGCCCUUCGAGUUCACCAACUGCCGCACCGGAGAUGGCCUGGACCAGGUGCUGGAGCACCUGCUGCAGGGCGCCGGGCUUGGCGACAAAGUUAACCCAAUCCAGUCUUGA